GUAGCUUAAUAGCUUCUUAUAAACUUGAUCAAACGGCAACAUAAAGAUACCAUAAUAUCUGCUGGAUGUUUCGUAGUAAAGUGAUUCAAGGCUUGCGUAUUUGGAAGAGCUAUCGAUUCUCAGCUGUCAACGUUGGGCUGAAAAGGAAACAAGAAACGUCCCGGCAGUUGUUCACCAUGGUGGACUCCCAGUACUACCUCCCCAAUGACAUAGGGAUCUCUGCGCUUGACUGUGCGGAAGCCUUUCGCUUGCUCUCCCCUAAAGAACAGCUCUAUUCACACUACCUCUCCCGGUCAGCUUGGUACGGAGGAUUGGUUGUUCUGCUUCAGACCUCGCCAGAGUCAGCCUCCAUCUAUGUGCUCUUACAGAGGCUCUUUCGCAAGCAGCCACCAGCACAGCUGGAGAAUGUGGCCACGGCUGCUGGACUUACUCCUGAGGAGUACCAGGCCUUUCUUGUUUUCGCUGCAGGCCUUUAUGCCAACAUGGGCAACUACAAGUCAUUUGGGGACACCAAGUUCAUUCCCAACCUCCCCAAGGAGAAACUGAAGGCCCUUGUGUGGCAGAGCCAAGCCUUCCAUGACAGCCCCAGUGAGAUGGAGGCCCUGUGGGACAGCUGUUCCACCCUUCUCUUCUCCCUGGCGGACAGACAGAAACAGCUGGGAUUGGGUGACAAGGGAAUCACUUCAUACUUCUCAGGGAACUGUUUUUUGGAGGAUGCUGAGUUGGCCCAGAGGUUCCUGGAUUCCAAGAACCUGAGUGCCUACAACACGCGACUGUUCAAAAAGAAAUCCGAAGGGAAGACCUGCUACGAGGUGCGCCUGGCAUCCGCUGUGGAGAAUGACAUUGCAGUGGAUGGGGAGGGAGAGACCAGGUGUGGCCAGUAUGACUUUGAGGACUGUGUCUUCACGGUUUCCAGGGGUGACUAUGCUCCCCUCAUGAAGAAAGUCAGUGAAAAUUUGGAGAAAGCUAAGGACCACGCGGCCAAUGAGAACCAGAAGAGAAUGUUGGAGGAAUAUGCACGGAGUUUCACCUACGGGUCUGUGGAAGCACACAAGGAAGGCUCUCGUUUCUGGAUCAAGGACAAGGGACCCAUUGUGGAGAGUUAUAUUGGAUUCAUUGAGAGCUACAGGGAUCCCUUUGGUUCCAGGGGAGAGUUUGAAGGCUUUGUUGCCGUGGUGAACAAGGCAAUGAGCGAACGCUUUGCUAAGCUGGUGAGCUCAGCCGAGGUGCUGCUGCCAGACCUGCCUUGGCCAAAAGAAUUUGAGAAGGACCGCUUUCUCCUGCCGGACUUCACCUCGCUGGACGUACUGACGUUCGCUGGCAGUGGCAUCCCAGCUGGUAUUAACAUUCCCAACUAUGAUGAUAUCCGACAGUCUGAGGGCUUUAAGAACGUCUCCCUGGGCAAUGUGCUGGCUGUGGCCUACGCUACCCAGAAGGACAAGCUCACCUUCCUGGAUGAAGAUGACAAGGAUGCGUACAUUAAGUGGAAGGGGCCCUCCUUUGAGGUUCAGGUUGGCCUCCAUGAGCUGCUGGGACACGGCAGCGGGAAGCUCUUCGUCCAGGAUGAAAAAGGAACUUUCAACUUUGAGCAAGAUAAUGUUCUCAAUCCUGAGACUGGAGAAAAGAUCACCACCUGGUACAAAGGCAACGAGACGUGGGACAGUAAAUUCUCUACCAUCUCCUGCUCCUAUGAAGAGUGCCGGGCCGAGUGUGUGGGGCUCUACCUGUGCCUCAACAAGCAGGUGCUCAGUAUCUUUGGCCAUGAGGGCGAAGACGCAGAGGAGUUGGUGUAUAUCAACUGGCUCAACAUGGUCCGAGCUGGCCUGCUGGGCCUGGAGUUUUACACCCCCGAGAGCCACAGCUGGAGACAGGCCCAUAUGCAGGCUCGCUUUGUGAUUCUGCGCGUGCUCCUGGAGGCCGGCGAGGGUCUGGUGACCCUGAAGGAGUGCACAGGGAAGGAUGGGCGCCCGGAUGCCCUCAUGACACUUGACCGCAGCAAGAUCCACACCGUGGGCAAGGCUGCCAUCGGGAGGUUCCUCUGCAAACUACAGGUGAUCAAGUCCACCGCCGACGUGGAGGGAGGCAGAGCCCUGUAUGAGGGCUACUCGGCCGUGUCCGACAGCGGCUCUCACAACUUCCUGCGCCUGCGGGAGACUGUUCUCCUGCGCAAAGAGGCUCGCAAGAUGUUCGUUCAGGCCAACACCACAGUCAAAGGGGACAGUGUGGACCUGGUAGAGUACGAGGGCAGUGCAGCCGGACUCAUCCGCUCCUUCACCGAACGUUUUCCGGACGACGCCGAGGAGGUUGAGGCCCACCUUCUAGAGCUGGCCGAGAGGGACGCCCCCUGCUGGUGCUGAGUGAACAGCGCGGCGCCUCAGUCAGCGCAGACAUACUACUGCCCUGGCCUGACUGAGACGCACCACACCUGGCCUGGACCUGUCACGGGAACUGGUCUUUCCCUGCACUGUCAAAUGCAUUUACCAAUCAUUUGCAAGUGGAAUACACGGGUGGUUAUGGCUGUGAUUGGUGAGACUUGAGGUAUUUACCCCAGAGGCAGUUUCAAAACUAGUUCAGACCGUGAUGCAGCGCUCCAUUCCCCCCCCACCACUGGGGCUCCUGUGCUCUGCCCCCUCUGUCUGAGGUUAAAGUCCGGGAAGUCUAGCGGCCACUCGUUUGUCCCAUACUCGUUUCAACCACGUUGCUUGUUAUUGUGCUUGUACGUUUAGGAGGCACACAAACCUCAGCAGUGAACCAUUAAUUAUAAAGAUUAGCAGUCACACAAAAAGGAGGAAGGAGCAGAUUGCUUUUUACCUCAACUUUUUCUACACAUUAUUUAGUGAAUUUUUUAAAAGUAAUUGCUAAUCGUUUUAAUUAACUAUUCAGAGGUUUUUUCGAGCUGUUCUAUGUUUUUAAGCACGAUAGCAAGCAGUGUUGUCUAGAUGUACAUUGGAAACAAGGGACCACAGAGGAGCCCUGUGUCCGGUAGGACUGGAGCACUGUUAACAUGUACUCAGACUGCUAACGCUCAGGUCUGGGAGCCCAUUUGAAACGAAGCUAGAUAAUGGAAAAUAACUGAUGAUAGAAAAUAACUGUUUUAAGGGAAGCAUUCACGGUUCACCAUGAACUAAUCAGUCAGUCAAAUCCAAAUCACCAAUUAAUCUUUAAUGUUGACACUUUGUCUGCAAAAUGUUGACAAAGUUCUUAUUGAAGAACUCCUUCCAUAAAUACACAUCAUAGGAUAAGGUCAUUGUCUCUAGUGAACAGGGAAAUAAAAGCCACUGUUGUGAUUAUAAUUUAAGGCAAGGCAUUGUAAGAGGAUCCACAGGACUGUACAAUCUCUCUUGGUUACAAUAAAUACAUUUGAUUCCAAA